GCUCAAAAUGUCUUUUACGAAUUCGUAGUGAUGGUGGCUGGCUUCCUUGCAAACGAAGCGUCAUAAAUUACGGCUAAUUUGUAAUAUUCAUCUAAAGUUUGAUCCGCAAAAGAUCAAAUUGAUAGUGACUUAAGUGCUCAAGAAGUUUCACAACUAAUCGCAAUGAGUUCGAGCGUAUGCUACAAGUGUAACCGGACGGGGCACUUCGCCCGCGAGUGCACGCAGGGCGGCGGAGGAGGCGGCGCUGUCCGCGACUCUGGCUUCGGCCGCCAGCGGGAGAAGUGCUUCAAGUGCAACCGCACCGGUCACUUUGCGCGCGAUUGCAAGGAGGAGGCUGACCGUUGCUACAGAUGUAACGGCACGGGACACAUAGCGCGCGAGUGCGCGCAGAGUCCCGACGAGCCGUCGUGCUACAAUUGCAACAAGACUGGGCAUAUCGCGCGGAACUGCCCUGAGGGCGGGCGCGACUCCGCCAACCAGACCUGCUACAACUGCAACAAGGCCGGCCACAUCUCACGCAACUGCCCCGACGGCACCAAGACCUGCUACGUGUGCGGGAAGCCGGGCCACAUCUCGCGCGACUGCGACGAGUCCGAGCGGAACUAACACAUGCCCACCCGCACACUCAACUGUCAAAUAAAACUAUGUAUAUUAUGAUGCCACGCACGGACGAUAAGCAAAGGACGCGACACGCGACACUAGAUCGCAACACGAUGAAAUUAAUGCAACGGAAUUACAAAUCAGAUGCAGCAACGUAAACUUGUGACUGAGGAGUAUGAUUUUAAAAUGUUGACUUGUAUAUAGGUCUCCCUGCCGGCGCGGGCCGGCGGCGCUCGCAGAUAGGUUAAAGUUUGUUCUCACACGUGGACGAGUUAUUGUGUUUUAAAUCAUUUAAUAAUCGUGAUUGAACUAUUGAGGAGGUAGCGUUACAGUUUUAGCAUUACAGAGUAUAUAUUUAAUAUAUUUUGUACAGAUUUUUUUGUCAAAAGAUAAAUUGGAUGCUGGCGUACUUACAAUGAGUUUUGAAUGUGAGGAGUGGAGACCCCGGAGGAACCCAACCCUUAACGGACUCUCUUGUUCUUGUUAUACAGUAUGAUCGUUCUGCGGUCCGAUGAGUCUUGAAACUUGUGUCCAUUCAUUCUUGUGAUAAUUAUUUUGAUCAAUUCCUUUGUUUAUGAGAUCCUGCUAAUUUGUGGAGAAUUCAGUGGUUAAUUAGAAUAUCAUCAAUCCGAA